UCUGCACUCCAUGUUUUCAGCUUGAAAUCAGUGAGAGAGAGAGGAUGAUGGAAACCCAGGAUCCCGAGUCACUCGAUCAGUUUUGCUGCUCUGUGUGUCUGGAGGUCCUGAAGAACCCGGUAACCCUCCCCUGUGGACACAAUUACUGCGCGGAGUGCAUUCAAGAGUACUGGGAUCAGUGUGGAGUGCACAGCUGCCCUCAGUGCAGGGAGUACUUUCCCUUGAGGCCUGCCCUCUGUAAAAAUACACUGCUGGCUGAGGUUUUAGAAAAACUAAAGAGUGAGAAGGUCAGCAAUUCUCAGUCAGACUCUGACGCGGGACCUGGAGAUGUGGUGUGUGACGUGUGUCCAAAGAGAAAGAAGAAGAAGGCGUUGGCAUCCUGCUUCACCUGCCUGGUCUCCUACUGUGAGGCUCACAUCCUGCCUCACCGGGAGUCAGAGGCGUUUAGAGCGCACAAGCUGGAAGCACCAGCCGGAAACCUGCAGGAGAGACUCUGUACGGAGCACAAGACGGAGGUGCAGCUUUACUGCAGGACGGAUCACACGUGUGUCUGCUUGCUGUGUGUCGCGGUAAAGCACAAGAACCAUGAGCUGGUGGAACCGGGGAUGGAGAGAGCAGAGAAGCAGAAUCAGAUGGCUGUGACACAGAAAAGGAUCAAAAAGCAAAUCCAAGAUAAAAUUCAUAAAGUGAAGAAAAUGAAAGAGGCUGUACUGCAACUCAAGAGUUCAGCAGAGAUAGAAGUGCAGGAGUGUGAGAAGAUCUUCACAUCUCUAAUUCAUAGCAUUGAGAGGCUGAGGUCAGAGGCGACUGCGCUUAUUAGAGACCACGAGAGGAGAGAGGUAAGAAUGAAUGAAGAACUCAUAGACCAACUGGAGAGGGAUAUUGAGGGGCUGAAGAGGAGAGACUCUGAGCUGGAACAACUGUCAAAGAUGGACGAUCACAUCCACUUCCUCCAGAAGUUUUCAUCAUUUCAUGAACAACCUGAAGAUGGAAACCCAACAGAAACUGCCAUCCAUCAAGAUUUACUUCCUGAUACAUUAAGCAAGAACCUUUCUGAUCUGAAAAAAUGUCUGCAGAAGAUAAUGAGCUGGGAGUUUGUGAACACAGUAGAAUCGGAGGUAACAACUCCAAGCAACAUCUUGCAAGAUGAACAACUGAUGAGUCGAAGUCACUUCUUACAAUACUCUUGUGAGGUUACAUUGGACCCCAGCACUGCACACAGAGAUCUCUAUCUAUCUGAAGAAAACAGAAAGGUGACUUGGGGGUCCGAGACCCAAUACCCUGAUCAUGCUGACAGAUUUGACUGUUGGAAACAAGUUCUUUGCAAGAAGAGCCUAACUGGAAGGCGCUGGUACUGGGAGGUGGAGUGGAGUGGCUACUCGGUUGUCAUUGGAGUUUCGUAUAAAGCAAUCAGCAGGAAGGGACUCAGCCUGGAGUGUGUGUUGGGAGCUAAUGACAAGUCCUGGAGUUUGUGCUGCAAUGACUCUUCUUAUUCGGUUUUACACAAUAACGAGGAGACUGAAAUCAUUGCGCCCCACUGCUCCAGAAUUGGUGUGUACCUGGACUAUCCCGCUGGCUCUCUGUCAUUUUAUAGCAUCUCAGACACAAUGACACUCCUGCACCGGUUUACGGCUUCCUUUGUUGAGCCCCUCUAUCCUGGCUUUCUGGUUGAAACUGACUCCAGCUUAACAAUCUGUCGACUACACCAGUCUGCCCAAUGCGGAAAUGCGGUCUUCUCCAUUCUGUUUUCUAACGACGGCCGGCGAAGUCGCUCUCGCUAUCUGAAUGAUGCUGGAGGCCGACUGCCCUCUCAGAUCGCUGUCCACAACGGCCGCUGCGCUCUCGGCCAUCACGCCGGUUCUGAUCGCUGCACCGCAGUCUGCAGCCGAGUUAGCCCGCUUUUUAAAGCCGCAAAACCUUAUCGAGGUGUCGAUUCGUACCUGACCGACAAAAAGAGCGCCGGUCAGUCGCAAGCAUCGCCGCAUCCCACUGUAUUCCAGAUUAAUAGAACCAUGACUGGAAAAACAUUGCAAAAAUUGCAUCAGGCCUCCAGAUCACCAGCAGGCAGUUGCAAAGGCACCUGGGAAAUGCAGUUCCUGCAGGAGACAAUGGCGGAAAACUAUAUUUUAAGAUUACAGGAGGAGUUUGUCUGCUGCCUGUGUCUGGAGUUACUGAGGAAUCCCAUGUCCUUGCACUGUGGGCACAGUUUCUGCAAAGAGUGUAUUGAAAGGUAUUGGAAUAGUGGUGAGGAAUUCUUAUGGCGCUGUCCUACCUGUGACUUUCAAUAUUCGGAUAGACCCGUGCUCAAUAUUAACAUCAUUCUGAAUAGGAUUGCAAGGGAUCUGAGUGCUCUGAGUCUUCCUGAGACUGAGAGUGCUCCUGGAUCGCAAGUUAUCGAAUGUGAUAUCUGUGUGGACGGCCGGAGUAGAGCAGUGAGAUCCUGUUUGACUUGCCGGGCCUCUUUCUGUGACAUUCACAUCCAGUCGCACCAGGAUUGCACCACUUGGAGGAAUCACAGGGUGGUACGGCCCAGUGGAAACCUCCAGGAGAGCUUCUGCGUCAGGCAUCAGAAGCUGCUCGAGCUGUUUUGCAGAACUGAUCAGACAUGCAUCUGUUCCCACUGUGGGAUUACUGAACACCGGACACAUGAUCUUACGAGUGUUGAAGCGGAGAGGGUGGAGAAAGAGACUGAACUGGAGGCAGCAAGGACUGACAUCAGGAACAGAAUCCGACAAAGACAGGGGAAUGUUGAAGAACUGAAACAAACUGUGACUCGGAUUAAGGCCUCUGCAGAAAGAGAGUUACAAGAAACUAAGAUGGCCUUUACUGCGCUGAUCCGCAGCAUUAACGAAACCCACAGGAAAGUGGUACAGCUGAUAAAAGACAUGGAGAAGACAGAAGUGGAGAAGGUGGAAGGGCCCAAGAGGCAACUAGAAACUGAGAUCGAGGAGUUGAAUAGACGAGAUGAACAUCUUGUACAGCUGUCAGAGUCGGAGGACUCCAUUCAUUUUCUCCAGAACUUCACAUCCCCGUAUGUCCUCCCGGAUGAAGAAGACCCUCCUCAUAUUGACGUGUGCACCGAGGUAUCCUCUGUUGACCUGAGGGAGGAGCUCUCCCGUCUCAAGGAGCGACUGGAGCAGAUUGGCAAAUGGACAUUCUUACGUGUUGACAAUACAGAUCUUCCAGUGUUCUUCCUGAUACCACCACAACCAAGAAACAGAGAGGACUUUUUACAGUAUUCCUGUCAGCUCACACUAGAUCCAGAUACGGUGAAUGAACACCUCUCAAUAUUGGAUGGAAACAGAAGAGUGAUGGGGCAUGACAGAACGUCCCCCUAUCCAGAUCAUCCUAACAGAUUUGACUGCAUACCUCAAGUCCUAUGCCGGGAGGAUCUGUCCAGGACUCGCUGUUAUUGGGAGGUGGAACGGAGUGGUAACCACAUUGUGAUCGGAGUCGCUUAUAAAAGCCUUAGUAGGAAAGGAGGGAACACUGAGUGCAUCAUUGGAGGGAACAACAAGUCCUGGUGCUUGUUUUGCUCUGAUUCCUCUCCCUAUGUAUGUCACCAGACGGAGAUGACAGAAUUACCCGGCCCCCUCUGCAGCAGAAUUGGGAUUUAUGUUGACCGUUGUGCUGGUACUUUAUCAUUUUAUAACGUCUCAAACACAAUGACGCUUCUGCACAGUUUCACGACCUCCUUCACUGAACCACUGCAUGCAGGUUUUUGGAUGAACCCAGACUCAAGUGUAACCGUUUGCUAGAUAACUGAAUAUCUUGGCCAUGGAAUUCAAAUUUAAGGCUAUAAAUUAAGUUUUAAAGUUGUUGCUUUGGUCCAAAGUGGGUUUGUAUGGUUUAAAAAUUUGAAGCAGUCAAUAUUUCACAAUGCGGGCAGUGUAGUUUGAUGGAGUGACCAUUGGACCUUCCAACCUUAUGUUUUCACUUCAUUUCCCACCACCUCUUCAUUUUGUAACCUGCCUGUAAAAAAAUAAAUGGCAGUACUGUAUUCAAUUAUAUCCUAAACGUGUUACUUACCUUGGGCAGGGGUUAGCCAAGUCGGUCAUGUGCCACAGGGGCUGCAGGCUUUUAUUUCAACCCAGUUGCUCAAUUAGAAGCCAAUCUUUUCAGGUGUCAAUGGAAACAAUUUAGUUAGAGGACUGUUACUUUCUUGGUCAUUUACAUCUUACUGCUGAACUGGUGUGUAAACACAAGGGGGCACCACUGAGCCCCAGUACCAAUAACAGGUCUUAUUUCAUUUCAUGUCUUGUUUGUGUUUUAACUCUGCAGUGUCAGGUAGGGAACAGAACAAAAUCCUGUCUCAUUAAGCAAGUGGGUUGGAACAAAAACCAGCAGCCACUGCGGCCCCCCAGGGACAGAGACUGCCCAUCCCUGACCUUGGGUAAAGAUGGCUGACAGGUAUAUAAUAUUAAUUACAUUAAUAAGGCUGGAUACGUAGAAAUAUAUUUACAAUGCAUCAAGGUUUUACCAAAAGUAAAUUAUUUACAUUAUAUGAUUUGAAAAAUGAUAAUAUGAUACUCGCAGACUUACUUAGUCCAAUUCAGGGUCAUGGAUUCAGCUAAGUCUGCCAACACUUAUGUGCUUCUCCACUAAAAUUCCUUUUUUGAUCCAUUUUUGCCAAACUUGCUCCAAAUUUUAAAGGUAUCUUCGUGGUAGAACAAAAUUCCAGCAAUUUGGUGUGUUGAUUAAGAUGAUUAAACUGACCUUAGUCAGCUAUUAAAAUGUAGGAAAAGGUGCCAGUCUUUGGACAGCAUAGCAUUUCAGAAAUUCCAAAAUGUACCCAUAAAUAUUUCCUUGCAGAUGUCUGUUGGCUCAAUUUGAGAAAUCCAUGAUCACAAAUUUAGGUGUAAAAAUGGAUCCCACUUUAAAACUUGAUAGCCAUGUGAAUGCAGUGGUAAAAUCUUGCUUUUUCCAGUUGAGGCGGCUGUCAAAAAUCAAGCCUGUUUUGUCUAAGCGCAACCAUGAAACAGCUAUACAUGCUUUUAUAACAUCUUGUCUAGAUUACCACAAUGCACUUCUUUUUGGAAUUAGCCAGGCCUCCAUUGCUC